UUUGUGCAGAUCACGUGAUUCAGGAAACGAAAAUGGCGUCCGGGCAACAGUGGGUACUAGUGGAGAUGGUACAAGCUUUCUACGAGGCGCCUGCGUAUCACCUGAUCCUGGAGGGGAUCCUCAUAUUGUGGAUAAUCCGACUCCUUUUCUCCAAAACGUACAGACUACAGGAGCGCUCUGACCUCACCGAGAAGGAAAAGGAGGAGUUAAUUGAAGAAUGGCAGCCUGAGCCUCUUGUUCCUCCUGUGUCAAAGGACCACCCGUCCCUCAAUUAUGACAUAGUCACUGGGCCUCCAAGCCACAAAAUCAUCGUAAAUGGGAAGGAGUGCAUUAACUUUGCCUCAUUUAACUUCUUGGGCCUGCUUGACAAUGAGCGAGUCAAGCAAAAGGCUCUAGCCUCACUGAAGAAGUAUGGGGUUGGGACCUGUGGCCCAAGAGGAUUUUAUGGAACUUUUGAUGUCCACCUGGAGUUGGAAGAGCGUCUGGCCAAGUUCAUGAGGACGGAGGAAGCCAUCAUCUACUCGUACGGCUUCGCCACCAUAGCCAGCGCCAUCCCAGCCUACUCCAAGAGAGGUGACAUCAUCUUUGUGGAUGAGGCAGCCUGUUUCUCCAUCCAGAAGGGACUCCAGGCCUCCCGCAGUUUCAUCAAGUACUUCAAACACAACGACAUGGAGGACCUGGAACGCCUCCUGAAAGAACAGGAAAUGGAGGAUCAGAGGAAUCUCCGUAAGGCACGAGUAACCAGGAGGUUCAUCGUGGUGGAGGGCCUGUACGUAAACACGGCCGAUGUCUGUCCCCUGCCAGAGCUGGUGAAGCUGAAGUACAAGUACAAGGUGCGCAUCUUCCUCGAGGAGAGCAUGUCCUUCGGCGUCCUGGGAGAACACGGCCGAGGGGUCACCGAGCACUUUGGGGUCAACAUUGAUGACAUCGACCUCAUCAGUGCCAAUAUGGAGAAUGCCGUGGCGUCUAUCGGAGGCUUCUGCUGCGGGCGAUCCUUUGUCAUAGACCAUCAGCGCCUGUCAGGCCAGGGCUACUGUUUCUCCGCCUCCCUGCCUCCUAUGCUAGCGGCCGCCGCCAUCGAGGCCCUCAACAUCAUGGAGGAAGAUCCAGACAUUUUCGUCAUCCUCGGGGACAAAUGCAAGCACGUCCACAAGGCUCUACAAGGAACCCCGGGGCUGAAGGUCGUCGGGGAGCCCUUUGCGCCCGCCCUCCACCUGCAGCUGGAGAAGAGCACGGGCUCCAGGGACGGUGACGUGAAGACACUCCGCAGCAUCGUAGAUUACUGCUUGAGCAGAGGAAUAGCCAUUACACAAGCAAGAUAUCUAGACAAAGAAGAGAAGUUUCUUCCUCCGCCAAGCAUCAGGGUGGUCGUAACCGUGGAGCAAUCCAACGAGGAGAUCGAGGAAGCGGCCAGUCGUGUGCGCGAGGCCGCGGACGCCAUCCUGAAAUAGUUCCAGCAGCGAGCGCACUCUGCACCCCAAGACGUGCUUGGCAGACCAGUCGGCGGAGCCCUCGCCGGGUGACCUCUUUGGCAGGGAGCAACACGAGCGAGGGAGAAGCGGUCCAAGGGUGAUGCUUGAUAUAGCAGGUGGCCACAGCAGUACUGUAGGGGCCAGAACAAUACCGUAAUCACACCAUUCCUUUCCCAUAACAGUUACUUUUUUGUUUGUUUUUUUUUUUUUUUUUUUAACUAUGAUCCUGUAUAGAAGUGUUUCCAGUCGCUCAUCUCAUAUGGAAUUGAAUGUAAGAUUUGCUGUUCACUGAUCUGCCAGAUGUGCGCCACCAAAAACUAUUUAUUUCCUCAUAAAUGCCUUGAAUUAUGGUUGCAAGUCUUAACUAACCCAUAAUACAUACUUAAAGAAUAACACAUUUUUAUAUGUGGUCAGUUUUAUAUGGACUUUGUUUAUUUUUUUUUUCACCUUACUGUGACAAAAACAAUGCUUGUGUCGUAUACUGUUAUUUUUGUCACGUUUGACCAAAGGGGUUGUCGGAUCAAAAACAAAUAAUUUGAAUGCAGUUUUACACUGUUUUUAUAUGUGCAUCUUUUGCUAUUUUUUUCUGUAUUUUUUUUCUUUUCUUUUGUUUUUGUAAUUUUGAGGGAACAUUUUUAAAACAACAUUAAAUGAUGUUUCCUUUUAGCGUGUCAUUGAACAGCUCAAGCGCGUCAAUAUAUUUUGAUACUAUGGCAGCGUUAUAUGUGGAAACUACUUAAAAUGGCACUGCUGAAAACAGUGUAUAAAAACUCUAUUUUUUCUUUCAUGACAAAUGUACUUGCCAUAUACCUCGUGUAGGAAGAAUAUAAUGAGUAGUGGGCUACUUUGGCAAAUUAUCACUUUUCAACUAGUUUGAGUUUGUCUGGGAAAGAUUUGUAUCACUAUGCAACAGAUGUGAUUGUAGGUCACAGAUAGCAGAUCUAUAUUUCCUCCACUUAAAUGCUUAUGUAUGUCUUAUGUUGACCAUCAGCUUGUAUAUGCUUAUGUGUUGUUUGCUAUAUUGUUUGAUUGUUCAGUAGAAUAACACUGUUGGAGAUGCAUUUUAUAAUGUGCCUUUAUAUGCUGCUAAUGUUGAUUUAAAUGAACGCUAAUCAAAUAAAAAGCAAGUGGUUAUUGGUU